AUGGCUCCAACAUACAAGUCAAUUGUCCUCGCCAAACGGCCCAAAGACAAUAUCAUCCCCGGAGAAACUUUCUCACUUAUUACCGACAAUCCGACUCCUUCCGCCAGUGAUCUCAAAGAUGGCGAGGUCCUCUUCGAAUCGAAUUAUCUGAGCAUAGACCCGGCCAUGCGUGGCUGGCUCAACGAUACUAGAUCGUAUAUUCCGCCCGUCAAGAUUGGAGAGGUGAUGCGGGGCCAAGCUAUUGGGACCGUCAAAGCAAGCAAAGACCCAACAUUUCCGGUGGGAGGCUACGUCACAGGUAUGGUCGGAUGGACCGAGUUGAAGGUCUGCAAAGCAAAGGAGUUGGAAAGAAUCGAAGUCCCUCGAGGCGCCAGGCUGACUGAUGCAUUGAGUGUGCUGGGAAUAACUGGCCUGACCGCAUAUUUCGGCAUCAUUGAUGUUGGCAAGGUUCAAGCCGGAGAUUUUGUUGUUGUCUCUGGUGCUGCUGGUGCAACCGGAAGUGUGGCUGGACAGAUCGCCAAACUCAAGGGCGCCACUGUUCUGGGAAUUGCAGGCAGCGAUGACAAGUGUCGAUGGUUAAAGCAAGAGUUAGGGUUUGAUGAUGCCCUCAACUACAAGGAUCAGGAUUUCUUCAAAAAGGACACAAUCGCUGACUCCGUGCCGAAUCUGAUUGACGUGUUCUUCGACAAUGUGGGUGGUGAAAUUCUCGAUAUGGCAUUGGGAAGAGCUAAACCUCAUGCUCGAUUUGUCAUGUGCGGUGGUAUCAGCCAGUACAAUUCUUCUCGACCGGAGGGCCCAAAGAACUAUCUGAUGAUCAUCACGAUGCGCAUACGGCAAGUCUCCCGCAUCAAGCGAUUCAUCGUGUUCGACUAUCAAAAAGAAUAUCCACGAGCGCUCAAAGACCUAGCUCAAUGGUUAUCAGAAGGCAAGAUCAAGAGAAAAGAAACAAUCGCUAAGGGAGGUUUGGAGCAGGCUCAGAAUGCAUUGAGAGAUUUGUAUCAUGGUGUUAAUACAGGCAAAUUGUUGGUGGAGGUCAAACCUGUUGAUGAAAGACUCAAAGCAUCUCUUUAA